AUGGCCACCCAUCACGCCUUCUCCACGGACGUGAUCCCCGGAACCGUCCACCUGGUCGAUCUGGCCGGCACCCUCAGAGUCAAGCACGAAGAAGGUGGCGACCAAGCCAUUGUUCUCCUGCCUCAGCCAACCACCGAGUAUGACGAUCCCCUUAAUUGGUCGCGAAGGCGAAAAUUGUUGUCCGCCAUCAUGGGCUUGGUGGCAGUCUUCUCCGGCGACGUCAUGACCACGUUGCUGUCCGCGGCACUUUUGGACAUCGAAAGUGAUACCGGCAUCCCCCUUGCCACACUCAACAGCGGUGUCGGUGUCCAGUACCUCUUCUUCGGCGAAUGGUACGCCAACAGGGUGUUGAUCGGAUUUUUCUACGGCCCGAUCGAGACGCUGGUCGAAAUCUGCAUUUCCGAUGUUUUCUUCGCCCACGAUCGAGGCUUCUGGAUCGGGAUGUAUUGCUGGAUCCUCUUUGGCAUUCCCUUCCUCGGCGCCGUGCCGGCGGGUUCCAUCGCCCAGAAUCUGGGCUGGCAAUGGAUCCAGUUCAUUGCCUCGAUCAUCUCCGCGGGCUGUGUUCUCGCCAUGUUCUUCUUGAUGGAAGAGACCAUGUUUUUCCGUCCACCAGUCCAAGACGAAGUCGUCGAUGUUGAGGAGGACGUUUCCGAUCACGAGAAUGCCUCCAGCGAUUCCAGCCCGCAGGAGAAGAAAGUGGCCGUUGCUCCGACCGAGACCGAGGUUGGUGUGGUCGUCACCAAGAAGACCUACAUGCAAAAGCUGAAGUUCUGGGGCGCCAGGCGUCCAGGUCAACCCAACAACUUCUUCCGCUCCGUGUGGCUCCCAUCUUACAUGCUCCGAUACCCGGUCGUCACCUUCUCUGGUGUCCUGGUCGGCUCCGUCCUGUCCUGGUUCAACGUCGUCAACGCGACCAUUGCCCUCGUCCUCGCUGCACCGCCCUACAACUUUUCCACCAACGGCAUUGGCCUCAUCUUCCUUGCCCCCUUCAUCGGCUGUACCAUCGGUUGUAUCUUCGCUGGCGCGUCGGCAAACCGAUUCGCGGUCUGGAUGUCCAAGCGUAAGGGUGGCAUCUUCGAGCCCGAGUAUCGUCUGUGGAUGGCGUUGUGGGAGCCAAACACCGGCGUCCACUGGGUCGGACUGGCGUUUGGCCUCGCGUUCAUUGUCGGCACCUUCCCCAUCGGUAGUGCCAUCGCCAUCAACCACAUCAUCGACUCGUACCGGGAGAUCUCCGGCGACGGCCUGGUCACCAUGAUCUGCAUCCGAAAUGCCAUGGGUUUCGGCUUCAGUUAUGGCGUGACACCGUGGAUCGAAGCCACAGGAGUUCAAAACACCUACAUUGCCGUCGGCUUCAUCGGCAUGUUCUUCUGGGGCCUGUCAUUCCUCUUCAUCGUCAUCGGCAAGAAACUGCGCAAGCGGAACGCAAAGAACUACUGGGGCAUGGUGGAAAAGCAUGGAUUGUCGGCUCAUUAG